AUGCCUUUAGAUGAAGAGGGUGCCAAAUGGUCAUGGGGACUGUGGUUCAGCGAACCAUGCAUUCGGGGACAUCGGUCGUCAAAAUGCCAACAUUUUGAUAGGCUCAUGAUGAAAGUCCCCAAAGCUGGCCGCCCGCUUGCAAAGUGCCCGCAUCCCAAGGGAACAUGCAGCUGUCAAAAAGUAUACGCCUUCAUGGUUAGAAUUCCGAAAGGCUCGACGUGUUUAUGUCGACCCUUGUAUCAGGUGCCAAUGCCUGGCUCUGAGUCUGGUCAGUCACCCGGGAAAGCCUCGCCGAAAUCUAGCCCGUCGAUUUCGGCAGCACCGUCUUCCACCGGGGCAGCGCCAAAUAGAGUACAGAAGCGUACAAGACGACAGAAUAGUAUCCAGUCUACUUCUGAACUUGUGGCCAAAGGUCUUGCAGCACUGGCCGAAGCAACUGAAACCCCAAAAGCAGAGACUAUGAAGCCACUAACCCCCUAUACCCCUGUGCACGCCUCGAUAGCCCCUUCGUCUUGCCAUGUACCAAUUGCGCCUUCCAGUGUUUACCAACGUAAGCCGGUGCCAGUCACGGAACAUGAUGCGCGGGGACCAUUUCCUACGCCAAUACCCAGGCCCUAUAAUUUCUCUGAAUCGAAUUUUGCGCGAGGUGCCUGCUGUUCCUCACAAGCCCUUCCACAACCUAUUCCCUCGUGCCCUGCCCCCUGCUGUAGCAAAACAAACCUGGAGGGAAAUUCAAUUAAUGCACAACGCCAUGCGGCACAAACGGCGGAUCCCCCGAAUAUAUAUCCAUCAGCACAAGAAACACAUGCAUAUUCUACUUUCGGGCCAAAUUCUCCAGUGCUUCGCCGGCCUCCGUCCGUCCUCCCCAAGAUCGAGUCAGCGGAUGGUAGGAUGUUUCACCUUUCAGAUGCAGCUACAAUGCCCAUGGCCGCCUUUCCCGCUCAGUUUCCAUUAUCUAAUGCCCCUUACUGCAGCUCGUACCCUUCUCAGAACCAUAUAGAACACCUGCACUCCCCUCCUCACCUUGUACCAGGCUCGACUUCUCCGAAUCCCGCGAAUUACUUCGGGCAAGAAUGUCAACCUGGACACAACUGUGGUUGCGGUGAUGGUUGCCAAUGUCUAGGAUGCGCUUCUCAUCCCUUCAAUGACACCACGCGCCACCAUAUUCAGGAAAUGGGUUACAUGAUGGCACUUGAGAAUAACGACGAUGCGGAUAACCAACCAACUUCACCAUAUAGCACGAAUGGGUUUACCGUGCCUUUCGAAGCGUAUCAUCAUCAAGGAAGCGGUCUAAUACAAAACAAUACCCAUGGGAAUUUUAUCGACGAUUUAGGGAACCAGUCUGCGCAGUCCCUCUCAAAUGGAGCAUCGUUGCCGAGCCCAAGGGGUUUUAGGGCUGAAAAUUAUGAACUCCUGAUGCAACCUACUGCCUACUACACCCUAGAAUACCCCGUGGGUAUGCCGGAUUUGGCGCUUUGUAGCAAUAUCAUGGGGACGUGCCAGUGUGGAAUCAACUGCAAAUGUAUCGGAUGCCUGACCCAUGAUGGCCAUAACGGAGUCCCACUGGAACCAUCUCCACCCCCAGACCGGCCGGCCGAGAGCUUGACUCUACUGCCGGACAAGCCAAUGGAUCAAACACAGCCUGAGUUUGGGUCAGCAGAAUCCUCGGUUUUGAAUGAUCGGGAAUUGAUCGAGCUACCGCAGAAUAGAGCCAUUUGA